AUGACCAGCGAGGAGAGCAAGGCAAGCGGUCUCUAUGUGUGCCAGGACGAGGCUGUGGCUGCGGCUGCGCCGUACGUGAGCUCUGGUUACGUUUCGCGCCGUCCAAGCACUUGGCGUGACUGGUUUGCGGUCGGCCCGCUUGAUUUUCGACAAUAUUUUUAUCUUAUCGCCAUGCAUGGUUUUGGGUGUAUGGUCCUCAGCGGUGCGGCGAACUUCGGUGUCGCGUGUGCCAUGUACCGUACAGAUAAUGGACACAAAAUCACAGUUUGGGCGUUCAAAGAUAAUACCAUUGCCGGUGAUAUGGGCGUCACUAUAAUCAUCCAACAGCUCAUCACAACAAUCAUUUCCACAGCCAUGACACACUUUGAUUUGCGUCAUGGAAUGAAGCCGCUCCGUCGUCCAUGGCCUCCGAUGAUGCAUUUUCCAUCCAACCCAACGCCGAACGGAUCGUGGCUGGGGACCAAAAUGCCAUCGGUCGUGCGCGAAAAAGGACUUGCGCCGUUGUACAUGGGCAAUGCGGAAGGCAAGUCGCGCUUUGUCGCCAUUAUUCUUUGGUUCCUGCGUGCAACCAGCACAGGUAGCGAGCGCAAUGUGUUUUACCAGCGCGGCAUCACAUUUCGCCAGCGCAUCGAGCGGCUGGCAUGGACUGCGCUCCAGGGUCUUUGGCUCGCUGUGCUCUCUUUCUGGUGGUAUUGGCCAAUAGCAAUUGCAAUCGUCGCGCCCAUUUUUGAGCACAAGGAUAUGCGGGGAUCGUGGGCACCGCCGCUCAUCAAGCUCAUUUUCGGCGGCGUCUUGGGCCUGCUCACUAAUCCAUAUAUUGCGCUCGCGAGCCUUGGCGCAGAGUCAAGUGUGCGGCGCGUCUAUCCAAACGCGCCAGGACUACCGGGUGAGGAGCAGGAGGAAGACGUCACUACGCAGCUCUUUUCCUCAACACCGACCGAACCACAUGUCCUUCAAGAAGUGAAAACGGGACAGUAA